GUGGCCAUCGGCAACGUUGCUCGCCGCGCAGAGAGAGAAAGAGAGCCGUAAGGGUGGCACUUGUGCGGUGCAACACACACCCAAUGUUUGUGUUUUUGAAUUUUUCGUGAUACCAAGAGUGGUUCGUGGCCGUUUGGCAAGGGAUGUAGCGCCGUCGUCGAGCCGCUCGAGAUGUGGACCACCACGAAAACGACCAAAUACGGCGUCGCUGUUUACAAUUGGCGAGGCGAGACGCGCUAUGGGCUCCCGUUGGAGAUCGGCGAGACCGUGCAGAUACUGGAGGAAUGCGCAGGUUGGUACAGGGGCUUCUCGACGAAGAAUCGCGCGGUAAAGGGGAUCUUCCCUAGCUCGUACAUUCACUUGAAACCGUGCAAAAUCGAGAACGAAGGACUGUUCGAGUCGGUGAUACCGUUGGAGGAUCCUGUGGUCCGAGAAGUCACCCUGGUUCUACGAGAAUGGGGCGGCAUUUGGAAGAGACUCUACGUGGAACGGGAGAAUUACAAGUUCAGCACGCUGAGGAAGGUGAUGCGAGAGUUACUAGAUUGGCGGCGACAGCUUCUGGCCGGCACCUUGACGACCGAUCAGACGCGGGAAUUGAAGCUUCGGAUCAUCAACAAAGUGGACUGGGGAAAUCGGAAACUCGGUCUGGAUCUGGUCCCCCGUCAAGGUGCCCACAUGGUGGACCCGGAUACCAUGUCUGUCGUCGAGCUGUAUCACGUGCACGUGCAGAGCGCGGAAAAUUCACAAGGGGCUUCAGCCAGGGGGACACUCAAACGGAAGGAGCACAGAAAAGUCCUAACGCACCAUCUGUAUUUCUGCAUGAGAGAUUUCGGUCACACCAUCGGCGAGGACACAGAGAUCUACUUCUCCCUGUACGACGCGAAGAGAAAUCAAUAUCUGAGCGAACGAUUCCUCGUGCGGAUCUCCAAGGAGGGUUUCUCCAGCUUCGUCGAGAAGAUUCACACUAACUGCACGAUAUUCACCGAUCUCGGCAACGCGGACCUCGGCCGGGAUUUGUACAUGGUCGCGCACGUGAUGCGAUGCGGGAGAAUGCUCUACUCCGAUUCCGGCAAAAACAAAGCUGGGACCGCGACGUACAGAAGGCCCCAUGGCGUCGCCGUUCUGUCCCUCGCCGACGCCACCCAGGAUCAUAACGAGGAACUCGAGAACACGUUCAAGGUGUAUCAAGGUGAGGAGAAGGACUUCCACCAGAUGCACGAGCAAAUUAUCCGUAACAACAAGUGCUCCCCGCUUCCGGGCCAGCCGAAUUACGGGAUUGUGGUUUCUCUGCGAGUGCUGCACGGCGAACUGACACAGGUGAGGGAAGAGAAUCCGUUGCUCUUCAAGAAUAUCUGUUUAACGAAGAAGCUCGGCUUCUCCGACGUGAUCAUGCCGGGGGACGUGCGUAACGACUUGUACCUGAAAUUGGAGCGCGGCGAGUUCGAGCGGGGUGGAAAAUCAACGGGGAAGAAUAUCGAGGUAACGAUUCUGGUGUUGGACGCGGAUGGCCAACCGUUGGAGGGCUGUUUGUUUGGAGCCGCUGGAAUGGAAGGUAGUUCCGAGUACCAAAGUUUAGUCAUAUACCAUCACAACAGUCCAUCGUGGGCGGAAACCGUUCGACUGGCCAUACCUAUCGACAAAUUUUACGGGAGCCAUGUUCGUUUUGAAUUUCGACACUGUUCCACCCGUGAAAAGAACGACAAAAAAUUAUUCUCCUUCGCUUUCGUGCGUCUCAUGGAACCCGGGGGCGCCACUCUGCAAGAUGGUCCUCACGAGUUGUACAUUUACAAGUGCGAAGACCGGACCAAGUUGGACUCGUUGAGUUACCUUUCCUUGCCGAGUAGCGCACGUGAACCGAAUGUGACAGGUUCUCCGACGUUCUCCAGGUCUCCGAAGGAGGCCGUUAUGGUGCACACCUUGCUGUGCAGCACGAAACUGACCCAGAACGUCGAUUUGCUGAGCCUUCUUCAAUGGAAAGCGCAUCCCGAACGAAUAUCGGACGCGCUUGGUCGUGUGUUGCGAUUGGACGGCGAGGAACUGGUCAAGUUCCUGCAGGACAUAUUGGACGCUUUGUUCUCCAUGUUUCACACGGAGGACGGGAAUUCGACCUCUCAUUCGGGUUUGGUUUUUCAAGUUUUGGUGUCGAUCUUCAGCCUCCUGGAAGACUCCAAGUUCGAGCACUUCAAACCGGUGAUGGACGCGUACAUUUCCGGUCACUUCGCCGCGGCGUUGGUGUACAAGGGUCUGUUGAGCAGCGUGCAGCACUGCGCGGAUUGGGCGAGCGCGGCGGAUAAGCAGGAGCCGAUCAUCAAGUGUUUCCGUUCUCUUGAGUACAUCUUCAAGUUCAUCAUUCAGAGUCGGUUAUUGUUCGCCAGGGCCACGGCCGGCCAGUACGAAGACAGUUUCAAGCGCGACAUUUACCGUGUGUUCGCCUCGUUCAACAAAAUGCUUGGUAUCCCAUACGAGCUGGUGCUUCAUUCUCAGAUAGCUUUGCACCACUCGAUCUCCGCGGUGUUCGAGCAACUGGUCACCGUACUGCCGGUCCUGGAAGUGGCAAAGCUCACGUGCACGAUGCUCGACUCGGUGCCCCGAGAGCCACCGCUGCAGCUCACUCAGGCGAAGCUGUUGGCCAUAAAAAAUCUCACCACUUCCUCGUUGUUUCGCGAGGACGACGAAAGUAGGAAUCUUCUGCUGGUCACGAUGUGUAGACACUUGAGAAUUCAUUUGAUAAGACGCGAAGAGCUGCGCACCUGCACCGAUAUCCUAGGGGAGAUACUCAGUUUCCUACACAAAAGAGGCUUCGACACGAACAAAGUGAACAACUGUAUCCAUCAUGAUGUCGAGACACUUUGUCUAUCGAUUUUCGACGUGUUGAUACAAACGAUCCUGAUCGUAAUAAACACCAGCGGAACUGUGUUAGGGUGCCUGGUGGCAUGUCUGAUAGGUCUGCUUCAGCUGUUGGACGAAUAUCAUUAUGCCAGACUGUGGGAAGAGCUGACUCACACCGGAGAACGGAAGCCUCUGAAGGAUUUCCUUUUAAGAGUGUUUAUGGUUCUUCGUGACCUGGUCAGGCAGGAAGUUUUCCCGCCCGAUUGGUUGGUGAUCAGAAUGCAGGCGAACAACGUGAUCCUCAAAUCCCUGCAGGAGCUAGCCCAACCGCUAGCUUUUCGUUUCUUGGACGGCAGUUUUGAUUCGCAACUGUGGUCCACGUACUUCAAUCUAGCCGUCGCGUAUCUCACUCAGCCGUCUCUUCAGCUCGAACAAUUCUCCGAGGUGAAACGGGAGAAGAUUGUUGAGAAAUAUGGGGAUAUGAGGGUGCUGAUGGGUUUCCAAAUUCUCUCGAUGUGGUCUCACCUUGGCGAACGAAAGCUGGAAUUCAUUCCGGGAAUGGUUGGUCCUUUCUUGGAGGUCACUCUGGUCCCGGAGAGCGAACUGAGGAAGGCUACGUUGCACAUCUUCUUCGAUAUGAUGGAGUGCGAACAAAGGGCACGAGGCAGCUUCAGAUCCGUCGAGUCGGAAUUGAUCGACAAGUUGGACAUCUUGAUUAGUGAAAAUAAGGGUGACGACGAGUACAGGCAGUUGUUUAACACAAUGGAGCACCUUAGCGCUGUAUUGCUGGACAGAGUGCAAUCCGAAGAUCCAGCCUGGAAGGAGAGUGGGACAGCUUUCAUCACGUCGAUCACACGGUUGCUGGAGAGACUUUUGGAUUACAGGAGCGUGAUUCAAGGUGACGAAAACCGGGAUAAGCGUAUGUCGUGCACCGUUAAUUUAUUGAACUUCUACAAGAAUGAGUUCAAUCGAAAGGAGAUGUAUCUGCGAUACAUUUACAAGCUCCACGAUUUGCAUUUGGCGGCUGAGAACUACACGGAGGCGGGAUUCACGAUGAAGCUGUACGCAGAUCAACUUGGCUGGAGCUCGACGAUCCUGCCUCCGGAUCAUUCGCAUCCUCAACAACUCGAAUGGCAAAGGAAGGAACUCCUUUAUCACAAGAUAAUCCACUAUUUGGAUCGAGGCAAGUGUUGGGAGAAGGGCAUUCCCUUGUGCAAGGAAUUGGCAGUUUUGUACGAGACCAGGCUGUAUGAUUACGCGAAGCUGAGUCACGUGCUGAAACUGCAAGCGAAGUUUCUGGAUAACAUAUUGACGCAGCUACGGCCAGAACCGGAGUACUUCCGCGUCGGGUUCUAUGGUCUCAGUUUUCCUCUCUUCGUUAGGAAUAAGCUUUUCAUCUAUCGUGGUCUAGAGUAUGAGCGGAUAGGGGCAUUCACGCAACGACUACAGACUGAAUUUCCAAGCGCACAAAUUUUAAUGAAGAAUUCUCCACCGGACGAGAGUAUCUUAACCUCCGAGGGACAAUAUAUACAAAUAUGCAACGUGAAACCGAUCCCCGAGGAAAGUAGCCUCGCUUGUCGGGGAGCUGAAGUUCCGGAACGAAUCGUCGCCUUCUAUUUGGUGAACGAUGUCCGUAAGUUUAUUUUCGAUCGACCGCUUCACAGGGGCCCGGUCGAUCGUGAGAACGAGUUCAAAUCUCUCUGGAUCGAGAGGACCACGCUGACCACCGAAGCCAAGCUGCCCGGUAUUCUCAGAUGGUUCGAAGUGAUCGAGAAGAGAUCCGAGUUGUUGGCGCCUGUUCAGUACGCCUGCGAGACGAUGCAGAGCGUGGAGAGAGAAUUAAGGAGACUUGUCGCACAAUACACUGCCGAACCUCAUCGAAACAUUAAUCCCUUUAGCAUGAGACUUCAAGGCAUCAUCGACGCGAACGUCAUGGGUGGCAUCACCAAGUACCAAGAAGCCUUUUUGACUCCCGAAUUCGCUAGACAGAAUCCAGACAUGGUGCCGCACGUGAACCGGUUGAAAGGGUUGAUUCUGGAUCAAAUGAGCGUCUUGGAGGCCGGAUUGAAUUUGCACGGGAAAAUCGCGCCCGCGGGAGUACAGCCUUUGCACAAGAGACUGAACGAAAGAUUCACGCAACUGAAGCAGGGCCUAGGCCCACUGGCCAGGCAACGAACUAUUCAUCAGGACAGCAUCGUCAACUCACCAUUGCCUCCGUUACCCGUUAACGAGAAGCAACGUCCCGCCACUCUGGAAACCGCUGGAUCUAGAUCGUCUCACGCGGAUAGUGACGGUUUGCCGGAAGACGAAGGUUUUUAUACAAAAGUUGACGGUGGCCCACCGCCUAUACCACAGCGAGAAGUUCGACCUCGUUCCGUGGGUUACGGCACUACCCCGCCUAGGCCCACGCAUCAAAGAUCUCUAAGUAAACCGUUGAGUCCGAAACUGCCAUUGAGACACUCCUUGCCGACACCGACCGACGGUGUAGAUCAGACGGGCUUGAGAACGUCCUGGAGCGAGCCCGGACCCGAAGCUGCGCCACCGCUUCCACCAAGAGGUUGCACACCUGACAAGCGGGAUUCAAAUAGUAAUACCGCUGUACCACCCGCGCCACCGAAGCGUUUGGCAUACAAACGUAACACUGAAUGGAGCACCGACGAUGACUCCGAAGCGCAAAACGAACCGAACGAUCUUCGCGAUAGCGGUAUAUCUACGGCCAGUCUAUUGGACUUCCAGUCGCACUUAACCAACUUGAACAAUCUUGGUUACGAAGACUUCGAGCCACGGACAAGGUGCAACGAUAUUAUGAACAUAUCACCGCCAUCGGUGAUAAACAUACUGAAUGUUUCCACGGGCAAUUUUGCAAGCGGCACAUUUCAGGGUUCUCACUCUCUGCCCGGUCAAGAGGUGAGCCCACCGCCAAUUCCACCAAAGGCCCACCAGGACACUCCGUCGGCACCAUCGACCUUGGAAAGACACUGCGAAAACUACUCGGUGCCGAAGUUGCAAACAUUGUCCGUGGCAUCCGACACAGAAAGCACUGUGUAG